AGUCCGCGGCCCCGCCAUUGCCCCGGCGUGGGGGCGGCGUGGGGGGGGUUGCCCCGCCCUUUGGCCCCGGGGUCGCCGAUUCGCGAGGCGGCCAAUGGGCGGCCAGGCGGAGCCGCCCCCCUCGGACACCCGCCGGGGCGUCAGGCUCCAGAGCCGGCUCCCGGGCGGCCAUGGCGCGUCCCGUGAGGGUGAAGACUUGGGUGGAGGAGAACCGGUCCUCCUUCCUGCCCCCGGUCUGCAACAAGCUCCUGCACCAGAAGCAGCUCAAAGUCAUGUUCGUCGGGGGCCCCAACAUCAGGAAGGACUACCACAUCGAGGAGGGUGAGGAGAUGUUUUACCAGCUAGAGGGCGACAUGGUUCUCCAAGUCCUAGAGCAAGGGAAACACCGAGCUGUGACCAUUCGGCAGGGAGAGAUAUUCCUCCUGCCGGCUGGGGUACCCCAUUCUCCACAGAGGUUUGCCAACACCAUGGGACUGGUCAUUGAACGGAGGCGGCUGACAACGGAGCUAGAUGGGCUCAGGUACUACGUGGGGGACAGCACGGACGUCCUGUUCGAGAAGUGGUUCUACUGCAAGGACCUUGGCACUCAGUUGGCCCCCAUCAUCCAGGAGUUCUUCAGCUCUGAGCAACACAAAACAGGAAAGCCCAUCCCUGACCAGCUACUCCAGGAACCGCCAUUCCCCCUGAGCACACGAUCUGUCAUGGAGCCCGUGUCCCUGGAGGCCUGGCUGGAUGGCCACCGCAGACAGCUGCAGGCAGGCACACCCCUCAGCCUAUUUGGGGACACCUAUGAGACACAGGUGAUCGUCCAUGGACAAGGCAGCAGCGAGGGCCCAAGACAGGACGUGGAUGUGUGGCUGUGGCAGUUGGAGGGCUCCUCCGUGGUGACGAUGGGGGAACAGCGCCUGAGCCUGGCCCCCGAUGACAGCCUCCUGGUACCAGCCGGGAACGCGUACACCUGGGAGCGAGGGCGGGGCUCUGCGGCACUGGCUGUGACGCAGGACCCCGCCCGCAAGAAGCCCCUGGGCUGAUCCCCUCGGUGCGCCCCGAAGCAGUCACAGUGCCUCCCUGCCCCACACAUCUCCCCUGCCCUCUCUGCUUCUGCGUGUAUUGCUGCUGAGCCAUUCCGUGUCCCCGGAGCUGGGCCCUGGGCAUCGCCAUCCACCCUCCUGCUAUCCUCUCUGCAGAGACGCCAGGCUAUUGCGGGGAUGGUGGUACCCCUUCUCCUCUGACAGCCCUCUGCCCACAGUCUGCUCCUUGAUUGAGGCCGGGCUGCCUCUCCAUCCCUCUGUGCCCACAGGCUCAGCACAGCUCUUGCCUGCUGCCCAAAGGGCCCUCAAUAAAGGCUUCCUGGUGGACAAACGC